AUGCGACUGCGCUCCUCCCCAGACCGAAGCCCCGAGCAUAACCAUCCCGAAUCGACUGCCGACAAUUCACCCGCACCACUUCCGGAACAUGUGGAUAGACUCGACGCUCAGACUGAAGGAUUGCUAGUGAAUGCGCAGGGCGGGGUGAAAGAGAACAGGUCCAGGAACCACACAGACGUGCCUUCACAACGAAUGGCGGUCGACCCUCUCGCUAUAUCCGAUUCUCUUACCACCGCACGAUCACCCAUGGCGCACCAAAAGGCAGACUCCACCAUGGGCGCUUUAGUGAAAGACAGCCCACCGCACACGAUGGUCGCGGACCACAAUAAGAAAUGGCGCCACCGGCUUCGCUCUCCGUGGGCAUGUUCGCCCUGCACUCUCUUGACGACAUUGGCGGCCUUUGUUGCCAUGUUCCUCAUGGCCCAGUCAUUCUUGACGCGGCAAUUAGACGUCAAAGGCUGCGGCAUGUCCUACAUGCGGCCCAGCUAUAAGAGAUACAACGAUUUCGACACCGAACACACGCGCUUCGCAAGCAAAUACUCGCUGUAUUUAUACCGGGAAGGUAGCUUGGAUGAGGAUACCAGGGUCAAGGGCGUGCCAGUGCUCUUCGUCCCUGGAAAUGCUGGAAGCUACAAACAAGUACGCUCCCUCGCCGCCGAAGCCGCAUACCACUACCACAACACCGUCCAACACGACGCCGAUGCCGGCAAGGCAGGGAAGAGGCCACUCGACUUCUUCUCGGUCGACUUCAACGAAGACAUCACGGCGUUCCACGGCCAAACGCUGCUGGAUCAGGCCGAAUACCUCAACGAUGCCAUCACAUACAUAUUAUCCCUAUACCACACCCCGGGCAAGUUUCUGCGCGACUCAAGCCUGCCAGAUCCAACGUCGGUCAUUGUUGUCGGGCAUUCCAUGGGCGGUGUGGUCGCGCGUACCAUGCUCACCAUGCCCAACUACCAGGCCAACUCGAUCAACACCAUAAUAACGCUCGCUGCACCGCACGCCCGGCCGCCAGUGUCUUUUGAUGGAGAUAUAGUCCGCACAUACAAGGGCGUCAAUGAAUACUGGAGAAACGCAUACUCGCAGAAAUGGGCCAUCGACAACCCGCUCUGGCACGUCACGCUCAUCUCGAUAGCAGGAGGAAGCUUGGAUACUAUGAUCUCUUCCGAUUACGCCAGCAUCGAGUCACUGGUACCUGAAACCCACGGGUUCACCGUCUUUUCCACGUCGAUGCCGAAUGUCUGGACUGGCAUUGAUCACCUGGCGAUCACUUGGUGUGACCAGCAUAGGAAGGCUGUUGUCCGUGCUUUGUACGAGGUCAUCGAUGUGUCACGCGCGACGCAGACUGUACCACGGGCUGAACGUAUGCGCGGGUUCAAGAGGUGGUUCUUGACAGGCUUGGAAGAUAUUGCUGAAAAGACACUCCCCCAGAAAGAGGCCAAAACACUCCUCACUCUCGAGGAGAACAGCGCCAUCAUCGCAGAAGGUGAAAAGCUGGUGCUGCGAAGUCUCGGAAAGUCCAAGCAACGGCCGAAUGCACACCUCAUCCCCGUGCCACCCCAAGCCGCGGGAAGAAAGUUUACGCUUCUUACCAACGAACAACUGGACCAUCCUGGAGAUCAUGGCCUACUUGAGGUGCUGUUCUGCAGCGUGUUUCCAUCGCAACCUGGUCAAUCGACGACGCUGUUCUCUAUGAACAUGGAUCUCUCGGGUGAUAGUGUCGGCGCCACACGACUUGCCUGCAAGAAUGCUGCGUCGGACGUGAUCGCCCUCCCUGCAUCAACGCGCCACUCUACCUACCCCUUCAAGAUGGACGAACGACCAUUCUCCUACCUCCAAUACGACAUCGAAGAUCUCGCAGAGCAUCAGUUCGUGGCCGUGGUCGACAAGGCUGGAGAGCGUAGCACAGGCUGGGUAGUUGCCGAAUUCAGCGCCGCCUCUGACUCUCAGAUCACCGUUGAUAUGGGCUUGCAGCACCUUUUGACGACUGGACUGUCUCUCAGACUUCCAGCACAACGUCCAUUGGUGACAGACAUCAAGAUCCCGGCCCUACACUCCGCACUCCUAGCCUACAACAUCCACAUCGGCAAGCAGUCUUGUGAUGCUGGAGAGCUCUUCGCUCCUCUACUGCGGCAGUAUGUUACCGAAAUCUACGAAAGCAAGUUCUUCGUCAACGUCAAGGAUGCUAGCAUCAACCUCCAUGGUGUGUCGCCAUACAUGCCACCUGCUCUCCACGCCAAACAGCCCUCCAAUGGACUAUCGCUACAGAUCUGGUCUGACCCGACUUGCGACAGCAGUGUAGAAAUCAACCUGAAUGUGGACAUCCUGGGCAGUUUCGGAAAGCUGUGGAUGCGCUACCGUAUUGUUUUCGCUGCGUUCCCACUGCUGGUCGUCGCUCUAGUUCUGCGCCAACAGUUCAGAACGUACGACAAUACUGGUGUGUUCAUGAGCUUUACGCAGGGGCUCAAUGAGUGCUUGAAGAGCUCGCUGCCACUAGCCCUUUCCGCGCUUACAUUUAUGUCGAUUACUCUAGCAGGUGCCCAACACCAAUCGAAACAAUGGUCUCUGGGUGGUAAGACCACUAACACGACAUCACUGCUGCACACUGCAAGCAACGAAUUGCUUCUCGGCUCGGACGACACCUUCUUCUGGUUCCUUGUUCCACUAUUCGGUCUGAUGUGCAUCGGAGUUUGUGUGGCAAUCAACUACAUUGUACUGCUGUUGGAACUCCUGUUCGCCUUCUUGUACUCUGUUGUCAUAUCUGCCAGACUUCGGAGAGAUGAAGCAAAGAGAUCGCCAUCAGCCUUUGCCGUGACAUCAAAUCGACAGCGCGUAAUCACCACGUUGAUCCUGCUGUCACUGGUCUCGACAGUGAUACCGUACCAUUUCGCUUACGUUGUGCUCUGCCUGGUGCAGCUCGCAACUAGCGUCCGUGCCUACCGAUUGGCGACAGAAUCCAGUCUGGACUCAAACUACAACUUCUACAACUACGCACACUCGAUAUUCAUCCUCAUGCUCUGGAUACUACCCAUCAAUCUUCCGGUGUUGGUGGUCUGGAUACGCAACCUCGCGGUACAUUGGAUGACACCCUUCUCAUCACACCACAACAUCCUCUCAAUCAUGCCAUUCAUCCUGCUCGUCGAAACACUCAGCACUGGUCGCAUGGUCCCUCGCGCCGAGUUCCGCGUCUCGAUCCUCACAAACAUCCUGCUCUUCUCCAUCGGUGCAUACGCCGCUGUCUAUGGCGUCACGUACGCAUACGUUCUACACCACCUAGCCAACAUACUAUGUGCCUGGCUAGUCGCCAUCCACUUCGACCCAUCAACAUGGUCAUCAAGAAGAACAAGCACCCCCAUAGAAAGCAGAACCCCCGAAAGCGAGACGAAGAAACGACCAUGA